AUGCGAUAUUUGAAGUUGGCGGAAGACCUUGAAGACUUUGGGAAGUAUCCAUGGGGUGCUGUGUCUUAUGCGAAGACAAAUGCGUCACUGCUGAGGGCACUUUGUGCAGAUUACCAGCGAGUGAAAGUGCCCACAAAAACUGCCAAAAAAAAAAAAUCUGGAAAGAAACCAACAACAACGGCAACCGGUAGACCAAGAGAGUACCACCUCAAAGGUUUUCCGUAUGCACUUCAGAUUUGGGCGUAUGAGGUGUUUCCAGCGUUGGCUGCACUACAUUUGGUGGUGCACGAAGAAAAUGCGCACAUCCCUCGUUUACUACAUUGGAGGAGCAAUAGUUCGCCGCGUUUUUAUGAGCUAAUGAGCCAAGUAUUCGAGAACCGUGAGGUUGAUGUGCAGCUUCUCCGGCCAUCUGUGAUGGACAAGCAGCAGCCGUAUUGGACUUGGGGUGACAGUGCUGACGACAGUGAAGAACUUGUUGACUUGUUGGGCGAUGACGCUGAACAACAAACCGGCACUUCUGCCUCUGUAGAAGAAAAAGAGAAGGACAUUGACGAUACUGCAAACCUUCCGUCGUCUUCUAAGGGUACAGUCGCGUCCAGAGAGUUACGCACUUUGAAGCGUGACUUUCAAAGGACAAAGGAUGAAUUGGCCAAAGUUUCCCUAUCAAAUCGAGCACUUUGCGACAGAGUGCAUCAGUUGGAAGACAAGGUACGGAAGGAGUCAAUGAAAGCUGAAAAAGAGUUCGAAAAAAAUACAAAGUGUGUGGAGGAUUUCCGCAACACCUGGCUUCAAUGGAGCAUUAUUUUAAGUUGGAGAUAG